GUAUGAAAUGAUGAGAGCAAUCGAAAUUUCAACACAAACUCAAACCCUCUGGGUUAUAUGGACAUUUAGUCAGCCCUUACAAUGCCAACAUCCUUCCAUCUUAAGGGCUUUUUCUUCCUCAUCGUUUGAUAACGGGUUCUGACCUCUACGAUCACAAGUCCACCUGCCAUCAUUACCAGAAGAGAAAUCUCUCUCUCUCUCUCAUUAACAUGCCAACCACAAUAAGUAAAAUAAAACUAACAAUGCAAACCCAUCAAUAUUUAUAGGAGCUCGCAACUCCCUCUUCUAUCAAUUUCCACUCAUACACCUCAAACUUCAUAAUUUUCUACUCCAACAAAAUUUUAACCAAAAUGUGUACCGGCAACACUGAGAAGAAGAUUCCAUCUGGUCUAGUCCGUUCUUUUGAAAGAAAGCAAAGAUCAAAGCGAUCUGGAGUUGAAGUUCACAGGCAUACCAGAAGAUGUGAAGAAGAGGAGGAGAAGGAUUUGGAACUAAAGAACCUGAAGCUAUAUUUGGAGAACAAAAGUAUAAUUGAAGAGAAUGAAAAGCUGAGGAGAAAGGCUUGUCUUCUUCACCAAGAGAACUUAGCCUUAAUGAAUGAGUUUCAGAAGAAAUUCCCCCAUUGGGAACGUUCCUCCUCCACCCUUAUUUCUUCUUCACAAACACUGAUAUCACACGAAAACAAGUGAUACACACACUCUCUCUCUCUUUUUGUGUUACCCUUUAGUUGUUUUCGAAUUAUGUUAUUUCCUUAUCGGAGAAUAAGGAUUAAUAAAUUGCUAGGGAUAAUUGUUGUUAUAAAUUCAUGAUCAAAGAUGAAAACCUGUACUUUCUGUGUUA